AUGGAUGUUUCUGAAAAUCUAAAACCAGAAUCUUCUGCCACAUUCAAGGAAUGUGUCUUAAUCAACCGCAAUAAAUUCACAAAGAAUUCUUCUACUUCUGUUCAUCAAUAUGCCUGCGAUGAAAUUAAACCUUUCGUAGGUUCAUCAAGCAAUUCCAACUUCAUUGUAUGCCUAGCUUGCGGACGCCCUCAAGAAUUUCAUCGUAAUGUUGUCCCUCCACCACCUCAACCACCAAGGAAUAGAAGCCCGCCACAAAUUCGAAGUAUAACUGGUGCGGAAUACAAAAGAAUGAUCAAGAUUAAUGUAGCAAAAAGGCCGACUUCAAAUGAAUUUCAUCGCGCUUCCUCUAGGAAAGAAGCUGAAAAUGCUCAACAUAAAGGUCAAUUUAAAAGUAAGGAGGAGAAAGAGGUAAGUAAAUUACCUAAGAUUAGUCCUACUUAUUCUAGUUAUCAAAACUCUCCUAUUGUAGAUCAUGCAGCUCAGGAACAGACUUUUGUUAAAGCUGAGCAAUUUAAAUGUAAUCCCCAAAAAGAAGUUUCAAUGGAACCUCUAUGGAAAUCGAGGGUUGGUUCCGUCACUGAUGGGGUUAAAAAAGAAGUGGAAAUUCCAAAUGAAGAUCAUUUCACCGAAAAAGUGGUUGGCUUGGGCGAUUCAAAUGGCGACCCUAUGGCCAUUGGACAAACCAAUGGGGCUGUGAAGAAACGGAAGAAAAAGACAUAUUUUAAUGAUAUUCAGAGACAAAAGGGUAUAGAAUUUAUGAGUAGAGAAUGUGUCCGUAAUCACCUCACUAAUGGUUGUGUUGAAUUCAAGCCUAGUACUAUCGGUUCAUCAAGUGAUCCGGAUUCGAUUAUAUGCAGUGAUUGUGGUUGCCAGCGUAUAUUUCAUCGCAAAAUAGUCAUACAACCCGGUUGUUCCUUUGAUCUUUCCGAUCUACCUCCUCCACCACCACCUAUGAACCGAACACCUCCAAAAGUUAGGAGCAUCACCGGCGAAGAAUACAAAAUGCUGGAAAACAUGGUGGAUGUCGAAAUUCCGAUUUCCAGAGAAUGUGAAGAUCACGAAGCUAAAAAGAAUGUGUGA